AUGAUGCUGACGAUGAGGCCCGUGCCGGGUGAGGAGCUUUACGCAACGCUGCUUUUGAGCGAUUCAUAUCUCCCGGGCGCUUUGGUUCUCGCGCAUUCAUUACGCGAUGCCGGGACAGCCAAGAGAAUUGCUGUUUUGGUCACGUUGGACUCGGUUUCGGCCGACGCAGUAUCCCGACUAAAGACUGUCUUUGACUAUGUCCUCCCCGUGACCCCUAUUCGCACCAGGUAUCCUGGAAACCUGUACAUGAUGAACAGACCCGACUUGAAUUCGACCUUUACCAAGAUCAACCUUUGGAAGCAGACACAGUGUUCCAAGAUUGUGUAUAUCGACGCAGAUGUAGUAGCUUACCGAGCCCCCGAUGAGCUUUUUGAUUUGCCCCAGCCCUUUUCGGCUGCCCCUGACAUUGGCUGGCCAGACAUUUACAACACGGGCGUCAUGGUUCUGACCCCAAACAUGGGUGACUACUAUGCCAUGUUGGCCAUGGCGGAGAGGGGAAUCUCGUUUGAUGGUGCCGACCAAGGUCUCAUAAACAUGCAUUUCAAGCAGAGCGUCAACCGCUUGUCCUUCACUUACAACGUGACACCGUCUGGUCAAUACCAAUAUCUACCCGCCUACCGUCAUUUCCAAUCUAGCAUCAGCAUGGUACACUUCAUCGGCGUCGAUAAGCCUUGGUUUGCUGGCCGUCACGCGUCCUGCGGCAACGCCGGGCUCAGGGACAUGGUCGGCCACUGGUGGGCUGUUCAUGAUCGCCAUUACAGAGCAGACGAGAGCACCACCCUUGACCAAUCCAGCCAAGGGCAGAAGUGGCAACGAGCCGCAGCGCUUGGUGAUGCUGUUCAGCAUCAUGGUUCGGGGGUCCCUUUGCCAGACAGCACCAACGUCGGGCAUCAGCCUCCUCUGGAGCGGCAAGCCAAAGUUAUCACGGAUUCUUCCAAUCCUCAUCCCCCCCCAACCUUGUAUGAGCCUGCUACAGCGCAAAACCUGGAUCAACCUCCCUGCGUGAUGGUGAAUAACUGGGAUGCACAGAGGCAGUCUCCUCCAGUCGGUUCAAAACCAGAGGCCGUCGACUUUCCUUCUGUUCACUACGACAUGUCGCGUGACACCACCCCUUUUGUCCCUCCUAUACGCUAUCCCAGUCCACCUCAGAAUAUGUGGUUUGAAGUCCCCAAGGAACCUCCUGGUGCCUGGACUGAUGGGCCCCGUCGCAUAUUCCCAUGGGAAGACAAGCAACCCAAACCUGCACGCUCAUUCAUCAGUCGGCUGUCCCAUGAACGGCCCGAGCCAUCGCCAGAACUUGAACCUGAAGAUGAUGGUCAUCUGUCGUCUUUGAUGGUGCCGCCCCGCAACAACAGUCUGUCUGAUCCCGAGCAUGAACCCUCGGACGCCCGCGCUGGAAACAACGUGCCCGAGUUUGACGCGGGGACUCCAAGUGCCGGUCCUGACAGCCCGUGGACGUCCUUUUCGCGAAACAACGCCUGGGACGAGAUACCCGAGAUCGGUCGAUACGUCGAGGGCUUGCAGAGGCAUCAUCACGCAAGGAGCCGAGCAGUAGCUGCUGUUCGUUCGACUCUGCCGGGUCCUCCGAUGGGCCGCCCUGAAGGCCUCCGAAUGCCGAGAGCACUCAGGGUGACGGAUUUCCCGACGGGGGCGGAGCGACCCAGUCUCCCAGUGACACCAGCACCCAUCAAGCGCCCGUCUCGCUGGGGCGGAGACGGCAAUAAUGUCGGCGGCAACGCGGAAGCGCAGGUGUUUCCUGCAGCCCAAGGCGUUCCAGCACAGUCAGAAUGGGAUCCCGCCGUGCAGCUUCAGAAGUUGGCCGAGCAGCAAUCAGAGGCGUUGCUGCGCAAGCUUGGUGGUGGACCCGUCGUGCCGGGCGCAAGGACAGAGUACCAAACACCAUCAACACCAUCAACACCACCGCUUCUCCUCGACUCUGUGCCACGGCAAGCAUCGCCGGGGAUCGUCGUCGGCUCCCAGGCGAUGAACCACGGCCCAAAUUGCUUGCCGGACCAGCAAGUUGCGCCAGAGGCCGAGUUGGCCGAAUCGACGCUGACCAGCUAA